ACCCAAUUCCACGCGGGAGUGAGGCCCUCUGGCCGCGCAUCAACGUUUCCACACCGCCGGGGGCUCCAGAACCUCCCGGUGGGGGGUUGGCCGGCUGGAGGGCCGAGCCGCGAAGGUCAUCAGCAAGGUCGUGGGCCGGACGUGUGGCGCCGCAGCCACGCCGAAAAUUCGCCAUGUCUAUUCUCAGGAUCCACGCCAGAGAGAUCUUUGACUCCCGUGGGAAUCCCACUGUUGAGGUCGAUCUGUACACCGCAAAAGGUCUCUUCCGAGCUGCGGUGCCCAGCGGUGCGUCCACUGGCAUCUACGAGGCCCUAGAACUCCGAGACAAUGAUAAGACCCGCUUCAUGGGGAAGGGUGUCUCACAGGCUGUUGAGCACAUCAAUAAAACUAUUGCGCCUGCUCUGGUUAGCAAGAAAGUGAAUGUUGUGGAGCAAGAGAAGAUUGACAAGCUGAUGAUCGAGAUGGACGGCACAGAGAAUAAAUCUAAAUUUGGUGCAAAUGCCAUCCUGGGAGUGUCCCUGGCUGUCUGCAAAGCUGGUGCCGUGGAAAAGGGGGUGCCCCUUUACCGCCACAUUGCUGACUUGGCCGGCAACCCUGAAGUCAUCCUGCCUGUCCCGGCUUUCAAUGUGAUCAACGGUGGUUCUCAUGCUGGCAACAAGCUGGCCAUGCAAGAGUUCAUGAUCCUGCCUGUGGGGGCAUCCAGCUUCCGGGAAGCCAUGCGCAUUGGAGCAGAGGUUUACCACAACCUGAAGAACGUGAUCAAGGAGAAGUACGGGAAGGACGCCACCAAUGUGGGUGAUGAGGGUGGAUUCGCACCUAACAUCCUGGAGAACAAAGAAGCACUGGAGCUGCUCAAGACUGCAAUCGCAAAGGCCGGCUACACUGACCAGGUUGUCAUUGGCAUGGAUGUGGCUGCCUCCGAGUUCUACAGGUCUGGCAAGUAUGACCUGGACUUCAAGUCUCCGGAUGACCCCAGCAGGUACAUCACUCCCGACCAGCUGGCUGAUCUGUACAAGUCCUUCGUCCAGAACUACCCAGUGGUGUCCAUCGAAGAUCCCUUUGACCAGGACGACUGGGGCGCCUGGCAGAAGUUCACGGCUAGUGCGGGCAUCCAGGUGGUGGGCGAUGACCUCACAGUGACCAACCCUAAGCGGAUUGCCAAGGCUGCGAGCGAGAAGUCCUGCAACUGCCUCUUGCUCAAAGUGAACCAGAUCGGCUCUGUGACCGAAUCCCUGCAGGCGUGUAAGCUGGCCCAAUCCAAUGGCUGGGGCGUCAUGGUGUCCCACCGAUCUGGGGAAACUGAGGACACUUUCAUCGCAGACCUGGUGGUGGGGCUCUGCACUGGGCAGAUCAAGACUGGUGCCCCUUGCCGAUCCGAGCGCCUGGCCAAGUACAAUCAGAUCCUCAGAAUUGAGGAAGAGCUGGGCAGCAAAGCCAAGUUUGCUGGCAGGUCCUUCAGGAACCCCCUGGCCAAAUAAAGCAUGGACCGGAGAUCCCUGGAGCCACCAGCUGCUAGGUCCUCUAUCCCUGAUGUCAUCCCAGCAGCUCAAGGCCAGCCCAGUGCGUGCCCCUCCCAUGUCACUGCUUCCUUAGGCAUCCACACCUGACCACCAGAAUCCCUGCUGGAGACCCAGUUUUGCAAUCAUGUGAUUGGUCUGAAUCAUUGUUUCUGUCACCUGACUUCCCAGCUAGUGUCUGGAGCCCUCGGAACUCCAGUGUAAUCUCUAGGGUGCCCACCAUCAAGAUCCCCCUCCCCCCAGUGGUUUACAUGCAAAAAUAAAAGCCGCAGAAGUCCACCAGUG